UACAAUAGGCUGUAUAAUAUCGCGAAAAUAAAGCUCGGUGAUCAUCAUUACGAAGCUUUACGUCAGCAAGAGAUCGUCGUCAUAGAUGUCCCUCCGGAGUGGGAUACAUCAUUGUUGGGUUUUGAGCACUGUUGCGGUGAGAAUAGAGGUGUGUUUGGGUUGUGUUCUGGAGAUGGAGGGUGGAUCGAUGGAUGCGGGAGUAGUGUAGGCGCCUGGCGUGGGGCUGGGGCCCGUCAGUACGCGAGGCUUGGCGGCCGUCGCCGGGUGUGUCGCGAGCCCGCAGACGUCAUCUCGACGAGACGACUUCACCGUAGAAUCCAGCAACAUUCCUGCAGCUAAAAGUACAGAAACUGGAUUCCAAGGAUUGCAAAAGUCAGCUGUAAGUUCGUUCACACGAAGCGACCAGCCGGUGGCGGUGAUAUGCGGCGAGCCGCCGACGCACUCUGACAUCGGGCCCGCAUCGCGUCGAGGAGCGAUAACCGACCUCCUCCACUCUGCCAAGUUUCGAUUUCAACGGCCGGCUCACUCCGUAGUCGCACGCCUGCUCCGGCAGACGCACCCCGUGCGAGACGCCUCCUUCGACCGCCGAUCGAACUGGCAACGCGCUCAUUCGUAUUUCAAAACUGAAGUUCGAUUGACAUGACGCACAGCCAAUUUGUGGAUGUAAACAAAUCUGUUGAUGCUUUGUGAACUGUGAAAGUUGAUAAUAAGUGUAAGGAUAGAAAGUGUUGUUGAAUUAGUGCAAGAUGACGUCACGCUCGAAGGAAAAGGUAGCAGCUGCCUUCCGGAAGUUGUUCCGGUCGCCGGAGAAACUAGAGAACGACGGGGCUGGACCGAGCGGGUCCCCGGCCAGGCGAGGCCUGCUGCGGCGACACAGAGACGGCGUCAGUCCAGCAGAAGCAGCAGCGAGCCUCCCCGCCAGCCCGGGCGCGACGGGCGGCAAGAAGAAGGCGGCGGGCGCCAACGAGGUGCGCGAGCGCGCCGCCGCCGUGCGCACGCGCCGCCUCAUGAAGGAGCUCAAGGAGAUCCAGCGGUUGCAGGACAGCCGGCCUGAACCUAUAUUCACAGUGGAACUAGUAAACGACAACCUCUUCGAGUGGCACGUGCGCUUGCACCAGAUCGACCCCGAGAGCGAGCUGGCCGGCGACCUGCGCGAGCUGCACAUCCCGCACAUCCUACUGCACCUCAUCUUCCCGGAGAACUUCCCCUUCGCGCCGCCCUUCAUGCGGGUCAUCGAGCCCAGGAUAGAGAAGGGCUUUGUCAUGGAAGGAGGAGCAAUCUGUAUGGAACUGCUAACACCGCGAGGCUGGGCGUCCGCGUACACGGUAGAAGCAGUAGUGAUGCAGUUCGCAGCAUCCGUUGUCAAGGGCCAGGGGCGGGUUGCGCGGGCGCCGCCGCGGCCAUCGCGCGAAUUCUCGCGGCGGCGCGCCGAGGAAGCCUUCCGGUCGCUCGUCAAAACGCACGACAAAUACGGCUGGGUCACGCCGGCGCUGUCGGAUGGUUGAGUCAAAGUUCGACGUGUUCAACUGAAAUGCAGUAUGGAUCUCUUUUAGUUUUAUUUUAGUCGUAAUUACUUACUAGUGCAAAUUUUGAUAAAUAAUGCUCCGAUCUGUGUAAUUAGUUCAAUAUUACAAUGCGCAUAAAUGGAUGGUAAUUAAUUAAAAGUGAUUAUUUGAAUUGAUAACUUUUAAAAUGUAUUUGUUUGUAGUUUUCCGACUGUGAGUGGGAUGUUGCAAUUUAGUUGAUAGAAACAAAAAAGUCUAACAUGAGUAGGUCUGUAUGCCAAGUUUCAAGUUUGAAGCAAUAGCACCCCAUGAUAAUAAGAUUUGAAUGUUCUAACGUACAAAUAUGUAUUUAUAAAUAUUUCUUAUAUGCAACCAUACAAUAGCAUGUAAUAUUUUUACAAUGAUAUCACAGUUAGGACUUAUUUUGAAUACUCCUUUGAUCGAUUGGCUUCGUGUACCCAACGUAUUUUUCUAUCGGACAUUAAACCUGGGACAAACUUUUCAUGACGCUACCCACUACGCCACUGAGCAAUGUAGGUGACAAGGAUCUCGCCUUUGAAUCUAAAAUCAUUUUAUCAUAAAAUGACAGUAGACCUUUACUAAUCUUGGUAGGUAUUUCAGAUACGAUGUUAUCACUAAAUCAAGCGUGUGUGCCAAAAAAAAUUUGUGUAAUGCUCAGUUAUUAUUUUAAUAUUCACCAUAAAUAACUUAUUGUAAAUAGAAACAUUAAUUUCCGAAAUACGCUCAAUACCAACAUCAAUAUUAAUACUUAAUGUGUCUUUAAUGUAUAAAGAAAAAUUCCGCCAAUUUUAAGAGAAAACAAAUGCUCUUUUUUUAUGUUAAUGGUUUACUAAAGCUAAUUUCAAAAUAAAUAAGUAUGUAAUUAAAUGUACCUAUACUUACAAAAAUAUCGUAUUUAGAUACGACAAUACAAAUCUGUUUCUACAUGUACAAAUACAAAUAUUUUAAACUUUUUAAAAUUGAAGCUCCAUAUUUUUUUGCAGAUUGAAGCUUACGAUUGAAAGUAAAUGUUUCCGUCCCAAAGUCAUUUAAUCAUUUUUGAUAUUAUAGAUAAAUUUAGUAGUAUUUUAAAGUUCAACCAAACAAUUUACUGUAAAAGCAGAUUGAAAAUUCGUAUUUUAAACUCCUUUUUUAAUGAACCACCUGAAUCAUUCAUACUUGAUAACACAUGCUAUAAAUUGCAUGCUUUAUUAUCUGAAUAAUUAGUAGUAAAGUCAAAUUAUUACCUAACUACAGUGUGUUUCCAUGAGUAGAAAUCGCUCAAAUUAGUGGAUAUUUUUCUUAAAAUGUAAAAUUAAAGGCUUGUGGUAUUAUAAAAGUGUAAAUUAAAUAUAACAUUUUAUGUAUAGACUUACUUUAGGAAAUGGAUGUUGUUAAUUUGUUUGGUGAACCAAAGAUGUUUAUUUUGUAUAAGUAAAAUUCAUCCAGUGCAAGAUAUGAAUUUAUAAGUGGAUUCUAUGUACAACGUUAUUAUGGGUGUAAUAAAUAAAUUACCUGCAAUGAUC